CCUUGCACAUUGGAUUAGAAAAUCCGGGCGAAAUGAAGUUAACAUGAGGACCGCUGGAAACCACUUGGAUUACAGUUUUUUUGGGAUUUGUGGCUACACAGCAUUCGACUAAGACUUUCAUCUGUCGGGGUUACAAAGUGACUGUCUGUCAUGAGAUCCUCGGCUUCCCGCCUGUCAAGUUUUUCCUCAAAAGAUUCUUUAUGGAACCGGAUGCCGGAUCAGAUAUCGGUAUCCGAGUUUCUCGCCGAGACGACGGAGGAUUACAACUCUCCUACGACAUCCAGUUUCACCACACGGCUGCAGAGCUGCAGGAACACGGUCGGCGUUUUGGAGGAGGCGUUGGACCAGGACCGGACGUCACUGCAGAAAGUUAAGAAGUCGGUUAAAGCCAUCUACGGCUCCGGUCAAGACCAUGUGCAGAACGAGGAGAACGUCGCUCAGGCCCUGGACAAGUUCGGCAGCAACUUCAUCAGCCGGGACAACCCUGACCUGGGCACGGCCUUCGUCAAGUUCUCCACCCUGACCAAGGAGCUGUCCACCCUCCUCAAGAACCUGUUGCAGAGCCUGAGCCAUAAUGUGAUCUUCACGCUGGAUUCCCUGCUGAAGGGAGACCUGAAGGGAGUGAAGGGGGAUUUGAAGAAGCCCUUUGACAAGGCAUGGAAGGACUACGAAGCCAAGUUCACCAAGAUCGAGAAGGAGAAGCGGGAGCACGCCAAGCAGCACGGAAUGAUCCGGACGGAGAUCACCGGAGCCGAGAUCGCCGAGGAGAUGGAGAAGGAACGCCGUCUCUUCCAGCUGCAGAUGUGUGAGUACCUGAUCAAAGUGAAUGAAAUCAAGACCAAGAAAGGGGUAGACCUCCUCCAGAACCUGAUCAAAUACUACCACGCACAGUGCAAUUUCUUCCAGGAUGGCUUGAAAACUGCUGACAAGUUGAAGCAGUACAUUGAGAAGUUAGCUGCUGACCUCUACAACAUAAAACAGACCCAGGAUGAGGAGAAGAAACAGCUCACUGCUUUGAGAGACCUGCUGAAGUCCUCUCUACAACUUGAUCAGAAAGAGGACUCUCAGAGUAAGCAGGGUGGCUACAGCAUGCAUCAGCUACAGGGCAACAAAGAGUUUGGCAGUGAGAAGAAAGGCUAUCUUAUGAAGAAGAGCGAUGGGUUGCGGAAGGUUUGGCAGAGGAGACAGUGCUCGGUGAAGGGAGGCAUUCUCACCAUUUCCCAUGCUACUUCUAACAGACAGCCUGUGAAGCUGAACCUGCUCACUUGUCAGGUGAAGCCCAGUGCAGAAGACAGGAAGUGCUUUGACCUCAUCUCCCAUAAUCGCACAUAUCACUUUCAGGCGGAGGACGAGCAAGAGUUUGUGAUCUGGAUCUCGGUGCUGACCAACAGUAAGGAGGAGGCUCUGAACAUGGCGUUCCGCGGCGAGCAGACCACCGGCGGGGAGGACGGCCUGCAGGACCUGACCAAAGCCAUCAUCGACGACGUGCUGCGCACACCCGGCAACGAGCUGUGCUGCGACUGCGGCGCUGCAGAUCCGAAAUGGCUGUCCACUAACCUGGGGAUCCUGACCUGCAUCGAGUGCUCCGGCAUCCACCGGGAGAUGGGUGUGCACAUCUCACGCAUCCAGUCCAUGGAGCUGGACAAGCUGGGCACCUCCGAGCUCCUGCUGGCCAAGAACGUCGGAAACAGUAGUUUUAACGAGAUCAUGGAGGGGAACCUCCCGAGUCCGUCUCCGAAGCCCACCCCCUCCAGCGGCAUGACGGCACGGAAGGAGUACAUCAACGCCAAGUACGUCGACCACAAGUUUGCUCGCAAGACCUGCAGCUCUGCAGCCGCCAAGAUGAACGAGCUGUACGAGGCCGUGCGCUCACGCGACCUCCUGUCCCUCAUCCAGGUGUACGCUGAAGGGGUGGAGCUCAUGGAGCCCCUCCCAGACUCCGUACAGGAGACUGGCGAGACUGCACUACACUACUCCGUGCGGACGGCUGACCACACGUCUCUGCACCUGGUGGACUUCCUGGUCCAGAACAGUGGAAACCUGGACAAGCAGACAGAGAAGGGGAACACUGCUCUGCACUACUGCUGCAUGUAUGAGAAACACGAAUGCCUCAAGCUGCUGCUGAGGGGCAAGCCAGCCACUGAUAUCACCAAUCAGAAUGGAGAGACAGCGCUGGAUGUUGCUAGGCGAUUGAGGAACCGCCAAUGUGAGGAGGCGCUGGUGCAAGCUGCUGCAGGGAAGUUUAACCAGCACGUACAUGUGGAGUAUGAUUGGAACUUGCGUUUGGAGGAGAUGGACGAGAGCGAUGAUGACUUGGACUUCAAGCCGAGCCCCAUAAAGAAGGAUCGCUCUCCGCGGCCCCAGAGCUUCUGCCACUCGUCCAGCCUGUCCCCCCACGACAAGCUGUCCCUGCCGGGCUUCCUGGGCCCGCGCGACAAGCAGCGGCUCUCCUACAGCGCCUUCACCAAUCAGAUGUACAGCGCCUCCACCGACGUACCCUCCUCCCCCGGCACCGACGCCCCGCCCCUUCCCCCCAGGAACGCAGGCAAAGCUACCCCCUCCACCCUCCCUGCCAACAACACCCAAUCCCCCGGCGGGGGAAGCUCCUCCACUCUGUCCAAGAAGAGACCUCCUCCCCCUCCCCCCGGGCACAAGCGAACCCUGUCUGACUCGCACACCCCUCACUCCCACACACUCCUGAUCAAAGGUGGGCAACCCCAGGUGGAGCCCGCAGGACUGUCCCCCAGAGAAUCAGGGAGUGAUUCUACACCACCACCUAUCAGCAAGAUGUCACCUAUUGCAAACAAGUUUGAGGGCAUUCCACACGAGCAAAGCACUACUUCUUGCAACCCAAAGUCUACACUCGGCCCAAGGGUUCUUCCCAAACUACCUCAGAAAGUGGCUCUGCGAAAGAUUGACACCAUCCACCACCCUUCUGUGGACAAGACCCACCAGCCUCCUGAGGUCUUUCAAAAAUCCCCUGAGGUGUUCCAGAAGUCUUCUGAAGUGUUCCAGAGGUCACCGGAAGUGUUCCAGAAGUCACCGGAAGUGUUCCAGAAGUCACCGGAAGUGUUCCAGAAGUCAACGGAAGUGUUCCAGAAGUCACCGGAAGUGUUCCAGAAGUCUCCAGAAGUGUUCCAGAAGUCACCGGAAGUGUUCCAGAAGUCUCCGGAAGUGUUCCAGAAGUCUCCCGAGGUGUUCCAGAAAUCCCCCCAGGCGCCCGAGCCACCCCACAAGUCCGUGUUACCUGACAAGCCCCAGCUGAGUGACCGCCCCCCCAAGCCACAGCCGUCUGAUCUCCCUCCCAAGCCUGGGGAGCUGCCCCCCAAGCCACAGCUGUCCGACUUGCCCCCCAAGCCCAACUUAGGAGAUCUGCCUCCCAAGCCCCAGCUGAAGGAUCUUCCCCCCAAACCCCAGCUUGGGGAUCACUCCCCGAGGCCAGGACCCAUGGAGCACCCCCACAAACCACCCCCCGCGGAGAUGGCCCCUAAACCGCAGCCCCCUGACACUCCGGCAGCCAAUCAGCAUGGAGAGACAUCUCCGCACCCCGCCCAGCCCUCCAGCGAGGAUACCAACGGAAGCCCAGUGUCCGCUCCAGAGACGCCGGUCCCCUUGCCGAGAAAGAUCACUGUGCAGGCAAAGGCAAAGACUCGGCGGGUCAAGACCAUCUACGACUGCCAGGCAGAUAAUGAAGAUGAGCUGACCUUUGUGGAGGGAGAGGUCAUCAUAGUGACUGGAGAGGAAGACCAGGAGUGGUGGAUCGGGCACAUUGAAGGACACCCGGAGAGGAAGGGCGUGUUUCCCAUGUCCUUCGUCCACAUCCUGUCUGACUGACACCCAGACGAUGUGAAUGACCACCCCUGAGUACACCCACCCCCACCCACCCCCGUCGCCCCGCUCCAGACCUGGGUCCUCUCCACUCCACACUCCGGUCGCCGAGGGCAACACUGUAAAUAGCUGCUGCAGCGAGCCGUCAAGAUCAAGCCGUUACGGAACACUCAGCGAUAUGAAAAACCCAGGACACUCCGCCCUCGGUUCGCUCUCACUCACAAAUCGAAGAAACUAACCCCCCCAGCCCAGCCCUAUACAAGACAAGGAGCCCAUGCUGCAUCUCCAGUACUGGAGAUCUGGUGUGUGUGUACAUGUAGUCUAUGGACAAAGCUUGUCUGCUAACGAACGGUUUUCUCACCCGCACCCCCGAACACCCGGUUGACCAGCAGACAAAGCCCUCCGAUCCCAGUACUUACCACACCAGUCUCGCUUGUACUGUUAGAGUGUGUGUGUGUAUAUAUUACGAAUGUACAUAUAUUGGUGAGUGUGAGCGUGCGUGUGUGUGUGUUUGUAUGUGUAUAUACUUGCCUGUGUUCGUGUAUUAGAAAAAAAAACAAAAGAAAAAAAAACAAUUAAGUGCAUAAUGAAUUCAUGUUCUUUGCCCUUCCUCUAACCACUCAUUUGGGGCCAGUGAGCUUCUGACGGGUAUGUGUGCAGUAUUAGUUUGGACUGGAUCUUCGUUCGGCUGUGACGGGAGGCGAGUCGGUCAGUAUGGACAAUGAAAGCCCGCUUCGCCUGCCCUGGCAACGGCCUCCUGGUCCAGUUGGACUCGCCGGCCCUCGGGAUCAUAGUGUUUUUGUUUGUUUGUUUGUUUGUUUGUUUGUUUGUUAGUUUGAUUUCAAGUGAAGCAUCUCUCUUAACUUUACCACUAUAGCACGUCCACGGAUGAGAUGUAUGUCCAUUAUUGUGUGUUUGUAGUUCUCGCUUGCUUUGUGUGUUUAAAAAAGAAAUUGAUAAUGAUUCUGUGACAUCCACUGACUACAAUAGUGGAAAAAUAUUGUAAAAGGAAAAAAAAACAACCUGUGAAGCCUCAAGGCACAGGUUAGCUACAGACACCAGCAGCACACACACACACACACACACACACUGACCCAGGAUCUGUCCCUCUAGUUGUCCCUGUGAAGUAUUGCAAUGUAUACACACAGCUCUGGGAUCAGCUCCGUAUAUUUCCCACUCACUCACUAUUUCUGGAACAGUCUCUCUCUCCCCUUUUCUCUCUUUCUCUCUCCUUGUUCAUGCUACAUUUCAUACUGUGUACUUUCUAGCCAGUCACAACCAUUUAUCUCUAAAGACAUUUUACUUCAACUAUAGUAGUUAAGGUAGGCAAAGCUUAGGCCAUACCUUGCUUUUUCUAUCAGUGUUUCUGAAGGCUGUGAAGUGUUUUGAUUGGUCGAACAGUGCAGAGACUUGCACCAGUGAUUUGUGAAGGAGUUUACAGAAUUGCAUUGGGAGCCCACUGGCAAUAUAACACCCCUAAUCGUAUUUUAUGUUGUCUUUUGUCAUAUUUUAUGAGGUGUUUUGUCAUGCGCAGAGGUGGAAAACUCCAGCUUCUGAGAGUAAGAGUCCGAUCAUGUAUUCAUGGAUUUCAUCAGGUCCCUUUCCACAGGUGUAUUAAUCUAGCACCAUGCAAUUUGAGUGAUCUCAUCAAUUAGCUGCUCUACCUAGCUGAAGAGUUGUGCUAAUUAGAAUCAGCUGGUUUAAGUUAAUGGUUGGCACAGAUAUGUGGUACUCACUGAAACUGGAUAAUUCCACCUCUGGUCAUGCAUCAUAUUUUCAAUAGUCUUACGGGGGCCAAGUAUGGUGCCACACUUCACUAUUACAACAAGAGUGCACGUAUGAUAUGAAGAUCAUGUCGGUAAUACAACAAGAGUGCACGUAUGAAGACCAUUUCGGUAAUACAAAGUGAUGCAGUUUGGGAUUGACACUUCUGUGCCCGUAGAGUAAUGACUGGGGAAAUCUGUACAAAAGCUACGUUGCAAUUCAUGUUAUUUCGGUGACCCAAUUUUUAAUAAUGUUAAAAGUUAACAGUGGAACAACUUGUCAUAUUUAAUCUAGAUUUCUAUAUGUCUUGUUCUCAGCUGUAUAAGUAAUAUACAGUCAUAUGUAUUAUGAAUAUGAUCCAACAUUUAACAUCAAGUUUCCCCAUAUAACUAAGCCCCUCCCCUAGGCCAGACAUGCAACAGUACUGCAAGAAACAGAUGGAAUCGCCAUGGAUUUCUACUGUGUUCACAACUGACAUGCGCCAACACACUUAUUGAUUAUAGUACAGUACAUCAAAGUAUUUGAAAACUCACUGAAGCAGAUAAACCGGUAAUAUACUUUGUAAACAACUACAUUGUUCACUUUUCGAAAUGCAGAAUAGUGUUAGAAAAUGUACGACAUGUUGCACCUUGAGAGGGAUGAGAUGAUGGUUAAACGUAUGCAGUAAAACCCUUCCAUUCAGUCCAUUUAAUGCUAUGGCUUCUUUCUGAAACAUUGCAAGGGACAGUUUCAUUGUUGCUCCUUUCCUUAUAUAAAUCACUGGGGUUGAUUGAACCCACAAGUUGUGAGACCAGCAAAUGUCUCAAGUUCAUGUGAAAUGGCCAUAAAGAUCAACCAGAGGCUAAGAACUUGUGCCGAUAAAUCAGCUUGGCUGAAUGGAAUUAAGAAAUUGAAAGUGCAAUUGUAGUGCAGUUUAACUUUCUCCCCCCCCCAAAACCUGUACUGAACUUCCAAUACCUUGCACAUGUAAUGGAGAUCAAAGAACAUUCUUGCAUUUCAUUUUGGGAGGUGAUGGCACUGCCAUUCCGGUGUUUGUUUGCUGUAAAACUGGAUUUAAAUGUUUUGAGUUAUGUUUUUUAAAGUUCACAUCCUUAUCCACACUGACUGCAGGACUAUGUCCAAACCCCACGCAGGUGAAUCCAUCAUCCCAUUAUACCGAUUAAAGACUUUCUGUUGUAACCAU